UCAUUUGUGUAACAGUCUUCGUCGCUAUUCAAAGCUCAGGAAGUGUGACCUGUUGUAAGGAGGGACGUCAAUUGAAUCCAAAAGUGUUACAGGUUUAGCGUCGAAGAUAAAACUGCUUUGCAACAUGUAUUCAAGAACGUUUUGGAUCUUCUCUUUUCUUGUCGUUGUCUCAGCUGAAAAAUUCUCUUCAUUUAACAAGACUAGAGACACAGAUCUACGCUUGCUGUGCACCGUUUGUGUUGAACGAAAGAACGUUACAAUGAAAGAAAUACGAAGCGACUUUGUAAGCGAAGAAGAUGAAAAAUUAAUCAAAUUGUGCGAUGAUGCUUGUAGACAAAUUGCAACGCACCAACAGCUUUCAGAGAACAAUUGCUACCAAAUUUUAAGAAAUCAUUGCUUUGAAACUAGAAAUAUGACUGGAUCUAGCAAAGCUAUCUCUUUUGUAUAUGUUGGAAUCGUGGUUGCCAGUGUGUUUGGAGCAAUUGCGCUGUUUGCGUUGCUAGCAAAAUGGUGCCCGUCUUGCUUUUUGUCAAAUAGCCCUUCCCAUACGAAUGUCGAGAUAGCGGAACCUGAUGAAGACGUCGAUGACGAAUGUGAAGACGAGGUCGCGAAAAUAUAUAGCCGGCCUUGCGCACCUUGUGAUACUUGUACAGUGCCAGUGGAUGGAAUCAUUUCAGGGCUUCGUCAUAUGAUAGCCACAGCAGCACCAAGAAGAAUAUAUUCAGAGCACCGUAUUUUAUCAGGCACAGUACAAGAAGGAAGAAUAAAUUUAGGGUCAAAUUAUGUUUAUGAUCGACCCCCUCCUACUCAACCAUCUAAUGACCGACCUCCUCCUUCUCAACCAUCUUCAACUGGAGUUACAAUUUGUUUGAGUUGUGGUGAUAUCCAUUAACUGUGUAAAUGCAAAUUCGUUAUUAAACAAGAAAAAUCCAAACAUUAGGAAUUUCACAGUCGUUUUAGUUAGUGCGCACGUUCAUUUAAUACAGCCAGUUUUACUAAAGCGUUGGCCAAUAUGCAUUUUUUGUUGACAAACCACUAUGUUAGCUUAGCGGCUUUUAUUUAAUUGAUUAUAAACAUUCGACCUUCUCUACUAAUUUGAAAGAAAAGCUAUAAACUGGCGGGAACUGCGAUAGUCAUCUACCGGAAAUGCUGCUCUAUCAUCUUAAAAUUACAGUAGACAUUGGAGUAUCUACUUUAAAACAUUCCUGGCUAUUAAAUAUAAAUGUUGAAUAUAUAUAAGACCUACUCUUAAAAUUCGUUUCUGUGUCCAACUACAGAUCACCAUAGGAAAAUUCGUGCAAUUGAUCAACGGCGAAGAACAUGCCUCAUGAAGAUUUAUCGUCUCAUCCAUUUUUACUGUACCUAAGGAUUGUGUGUACACUUGACAACCGAGAAACACCUUCAGGUGUUGACUGCCACCAACAGUCAACUAUUCACACGUCCCAUACUACAGUAUGAUUGAUCCUUUACUACACUGUACUGUAUCUACUGUAACAGUGUUGAUAGUCAAUGUUUGCCGAUAUCAAUUUAUAAGUCGACAAAUAUACCAUAGCGCUGUCGUUAGAACGGAACUGAGUGCACACUUGUAUUGUACAUUUCAAUAUUUUUGAUCAUGGUUGGGCGAAGCGACAGCUAUCUAGCAGGCUUAGAAACGUAAUGUAAAUUACUAGGAAGUUUGCAUGUUUCUUAUU